GACAAAUAUCUCAGUCGCAUUUGCCCUUCAUAUCACAGCUACGAGAAAUACCUCGGAGCGAGUUUGACACUUUCCUUUAUUUAUUAACUUUCAUUUCGCUAGAUGAUGAUAUAGUCAAGUCCGCGGCGGAAUUGGCUCAGUAUCCGCUCCGAUGCUGUAACUAUCGCAAAUUGACCUCCCAUCCGACAACGCACUUGAGGAGAAGGAAGAAAGCCGUCAAGCAUCAUGGACCGGGCAUCACAGUUGAUCGAAGCUGUCCCCUUCCGGGCUCAGAUGACCAAGGCGAUGGACCUUCUCGUUCAAUAUUUCUCGCUCAUGAACACCAUCACAAAGGUCGUACUGGGGACGCUGCUUGUGAUGGUUUUGCAGAGACACAAAUCCAAUAAGGCAUAGAGCAGAAAUAGAGCGUCAGAAAAAAUUCGACGCUAUGUUAUGUACUUCAGACUUUCCUCCCGUUGAACCAUUACGGAAGUUCGAUUGGGAAAAAACGGAGCCGCUCAAACUGCGGCCAUACAAGCCCAAAUACCAUCUCACUAUGGCUCUCGAAAACCUCGACCCCAAUGAACUCAUCCUGAUGGACAAAACAUACAAAGAGAGAACCAACUUACGCCGCGAAUUACUCAAAAAGUACCCCGAUGUCGUCUGUCGCGUGAACAAGGAUGAUGAAGAAGAUCCUCGAAUCCGUACCGCUGUUAAGGAGCUCUACCGGUACAUCAUGGGUAUAUACCUCCCCAAUAGAUAUCCCCAGAUGUUCAAACUUGUCCAGACAGACUUUGAAACUGGGCCUGCUCUCAUGGUCCGCAAUCUGACUACGAUGGAGCUUUUCCCAAUACAAAUCAGCACAACCCGUUCGACAAGAAGCAUUCUGGAAACGUUAAUCAAAUCCGUGGAUGAAGACAUGUUGAUCCUGCUCCCGGAACGGAAUAGUGGUGAUGGCCAAGGAGAAAGAGGACAGAAGAAAGAUAACCAUGCGAAUAACGAAAAGGACAGUGGCGACUCACCUAGUGAUUCAUCGGAUGAUGUCAUGUACGUCCUUGAGGCAUAUGCGGCAUGUUUCCCCUCAGGGUUCGAUACACGGGAGAAGCUUGGCAAACCAUUAGCUGAAAUUCAUGAGCUGGUACCUGGAUAUAAACAAAAGCUCGAGAAGAGCAUGGAUCGCUUUUUCCACAAAUUACCAGCUGGCAAGUAUGUCAAGCGUGUCAAUUGGAGUGUUACGGUUGAUGCAGAACUGUUUUCGCCCUUUGGGGGGAUCCAUGCACACAAAGAAGAGGAAAUUACUCAACUCAAGCUUAAGGACGUGGAUCUUGAUAAUACCUUCCUUCGUUGUGAGCGUCAGACUCUCUAUCGUCUGCCGCAGUCUGGGGCAAUGGUGUUUUCAUUCCAUACGUAUCGGUACCCCAUCCAAGAAAUUAAAGAUGAAGGGUCAGCCGAAGACCUGGCAACGGCAAUCGAUGGUGUUGAAAGCGGCAGCAUCCCAGAAAUGGCGGUUUAUAAGCGAGUACCAGCAUGGGGAGAAGCCAUCAAGGAGUUUCUGAGGAGUUGACGAAGUCAUUUGACUGCUAUUUGCUUUCUCUAGACUAUUUUGUAUUUGGAAGGGAAUCUUUUUUGAUGACAAUUUAACAACAUAUCGUUGGAUGUAUGGCAUUUUUUGAAUAGAUACCGCUUUGUUACAAGUGGCAAGCUAAGUUUCUAAUCUUCUAAUGUAUCAUACUGUCUAAAUUUCUUCUCCCUUUAUAUUUUAUUAAAUAUACAUUGACUUCGUUUCAAUUUGUCAUUCUUAUAUUCCCCC